AUGUCUGUUUUCUGGGCCCUUGGAGAUGCUCCUACACCAAAUGACUUUAUCCGAGGAACCUUUGGAGCUGAAGCUGGCGCGGGAGCUGAAUUCACAAUGUUGAUUGGAUUUGCCUUCACUGGAACCACAGAGUAUAUUUUGGGAGGAUCAGAUGUGACUGACAUUGAUGCUGCAGUUGGAGCUGGGAUUGGAAGUGCUUUGGUGUCAUAUCUCAAUGGACUCUAUUCCCUGGAGUUUACCAUAGGUGCAGGCCUUGGUGGUGGCUUUGGUAUUGGAUAUGGCAUCACUGCCCAAUUGAAUGAAUCCAAUGAGCCAACCAUCUCCCCCAGCAUGCCCCCUUCAGUGCAACCAAGUUCAAGACCCAGCAGUGCCCCAAGCAAGACCCCCAACAGUUCUCCCAGUAGUGCCCCUAGCAGUGCACCCUCUGCUCUACCAAGCUUGUCCCCAAGCAGCAUGCCAAGUGCAUUACCAUCACUCCAGCCCAGUGAUGGUCCUAGUGGCAACCCCAGCAGUGCACCUUCUGCUCUACCAAGCUUAUCCCCAAGCAGCAUGCCAAGUGCAUUACCAUCACUCCAGCCCAGUGAUGGUCCUAGCAGCAACCCCAGCAGUGCACCUUCUGCUCUACCAUCACUCCAGCCCAGUGAUGGUCCUAGUAGCAACCCCAGCAGUGCGCCUUCUGCUCUACCAUCACUCCAGCCCAGUGAUGGUCCUAGUAGCAACCCCAGCAGUGCGCCUUCUGCUCUACCAUCACUCCAGCCCAGUGAUGGUCCUAGUAGCAACCCCAGCAGUGCGCCUUCUGCUCUACCAUCACUCCAGCCCAGUGAUGGUCCUAGUAGCAACCCCAGCAGUGCACCUUCUGCUCUCCAAGCUUAUCCCCAAGCAGCAUGCCAAGUGCAUUGCCAUCAGUCCAGCCCAGUGAUGGUCCUAGCAGCAAACCCAGCAGUGCACCUUCUGCUUUGCUAA